AAAGCGCUUGGAAAACAUACACAAGCAUCCGAAUAAAGAAGCUAACUACGUCAACUGUAGCUAAGGCGCGACUUCGCCACAUACUAUCAUCUUUCAAAUGAACAAACAUCUUACAGCGGAAAUAGAGAAAUUUCGCAUGGGCCUUGCAAGCUCUGGAGAAGACAUUGUCUUUCAAACAUUCCCUUCCAAGAGCAGGGAGCUCCAGGAGAUGAUCCAGUCAUUUGAUUCAUCUUCUUCGCCUUUCCAUUCGUCUCAUGCUUCGACCACAACCGACGCAAUGGUAUACCCUCCUCCCGACGGUCAAUUCUCUGAAGAUCCCCCAACGAAAAAGCGUCGGAUGGCCCAUGCAAUUGACAGUGACGGCAUGGUCUUACAAAAUGCUCGCUUCACCAACUCUGUUGUAGCGAAUAGACAUAUAUCAGGUCUACACGCAAUUGUCAAACAAGAAUGCGAGCAGCUAUCUUCUACGGUUGAUCAAGUGAAAGUGUGGAUAACUCUGACAAUGCCAAAAAUUGAGGAUGGUGAUAAUUUUGGGGUUCAAAUUCAAGAAGAGGUCCUUUCCGAACUGCAUCGUGCGCAAGAGAGCGCAUACAAUUUACGCGACACCGCUCGUCAAGAUCACAUCACCAGGGCAAAGCUAUGCUCUAAGCUGAUCAAGUAUCCCAACUUAGAAGACUACACGGAACAUGAUGAGAAGCAGAUUUAUUUUGCCCGUCAGCAUAUCAUAGACAUCCGCAACAUGUAUGCAUCAUUGAUGGACCUCAUACAAAAGAACAUUGCCAAGAUCCGGGUCCCGAAGGCAAACAACAGUCGUGCACUCUAUUAGGCCGUUUCUUAUGCUGCUCUAAUCAACUACCCUUAGUUCUAAACUCACUAAACAGAGAUAGUCUUGUACACAUCAAAGCCAAUGGCGCCCGUGCUGAUAACCCAACCCGGUAUCUGAGGAUGCCAGUGGGCCUCUUUUACAUUUUGUUGAUGGUGAGAGAAUAGCAGCUGGGCCGGUACAUUGUGUUCGCCAGAAGAAUCAGUGGUUCCCA